AUGUUCAAGCAGCUUUCGUCAAGACAAGCUCGAUCUCCUGAUACGCAUUCCUCGAUCAGCUCGCAAGACCCUGCCUGGAAGAAAGAAAUAUACAAUGCCAACGAAGAAGUCCAUGAAAGUUCAACAUUAUCAUCGACGCAAACUCGACGCACCUUGUCUCGUCACUGGCUACCGUUUAGGUCUUCUUCCAGACGCCGUAGUCCAUCGCCUGAGACACAGUCAAAGUUUGGACUGCACGUCGUUCACCGACCGAAGACAAUCGCACCAGUAAACAUUGUCUUUGUACAUGGUCUUGGUGGUGAUCGAAUAUUGACAUGGUGCAAGCAUAGGGACAAAAGACUAUACUGGCCGGAAAAGUGGCUUAAACAGGAGCAGAGCAUUGGGCGUUGUCGCAUUCUAUCCUUUGGGUAUGAUGCCAGCUUUGGUAUGGGUGCGGUCAAGAGCAUCUAUAGGAUCUCAGACUUCGCCAAAAGCCUUUUGCACGAUAUGAAGUUUGGACAAGAUAGCAAUGGAAAUCCUCUAGGACUGGGAAAAGUGCCAACAGUUUUUGUUGCACACUCUAUGGGUGGCCUUGUUGUUAAGGCAGCGUACCUUUUGGGACAGAACGACGAGACAUACAAAGAAGUUGUGCAAUCCAUCGGGGCAAUUAUUUUUCUGGCAACACCUCACCGUGGUGCGGACUCAGCUGCGACACUCAAUAACCUACUUCAAGCCAGUUUUUCAUCUUCCAAAAGCUUUAUCGCAGAGCUUCAACGUGGCUCCCCUGCCCUUGAAGACAUCAACGAACAGUUUAGGCACAUUGCACCCAAAUUGUUGAUCGCUUCAUUCUACGAAAGUCUAGCGACGAGGAUUGGGAUACACUCUACCAUGAUAGUCAUUAGAGAUUCUGCAACACUGGGAUAUCAGCAGGAAAUUUCAAGGGAGCUCCAUGCGGAUCACCAUGAAGUGUGCAAAUACUCGAGUCCGCAAGAUGCGAACUACACCAGUGUUCGCAAUACAUUGGCCUCAUUUAUUGCGCAACUACAAGCAAAGGGAAUAGAGGUUAUCAAUGAUCUUAUGGCUGAGGAAUCGAGAAAGAUUGAAAAGCUGUUGUUGGUCACACCCAAACAUGAAGAGGAAUUCGAGACUUUGCGUUCUUGGUGGCUGGAAGGGACCUGUGAUUGGAUCUUUGACGUCGCUACCGUCAAGAACUGGCUGAAGAAUGAAGAAGAGGUAGAAGAGGUACCGAUCGUGCAGUUCAAAGCUCCGCCUGCGAGUGGUAAAUCCGUUCUAAGCGCAUACCUUGUUCGCGAGCUUCGUUCUCGCGGCCAUUCCGUCUUGUAUUUCUUCUUCAGAGCGGAGGACUCUGACCAACGAACUGUGAGUUUCUUCUUGAGGUCAACGGCGCUGCAGCUGGCAAGCGUCAGCCCCGUGUAUAAGGAGAAGUUGCUUCACAUAGCUAUUGGCGGCCACAGCGUGAUGACCUCGAGCUCCACGGAUGUCUUCCGAAAGCUGUUUCAAUUUGCGUCCUCGGGUGUCGACUUCCCGUAUCCUUUGUACUGGAUUGUCGAUGCGGUCGACGAGUCAGAAUCGGCAAAGACUGUGCUUGAGUACAUAUCCAGAAUACGGCUGGUCAUCCCUUCCCUAAAAGUAUUGUUCACUAGCAGGGAGUCUGUCAUCUUCCCGGCCGACCAGAAAAUUGCGACUUUCUCCGCGUCAGCAGAGGGCAAAGGAUCUGUUGGCGAUAAUUCUUUGGACAUUAGAAUCUAUCUUGAGCGGAUGAUGCAUGAAAUGGGUGGUAAACAAGAGUUGAAAGACACUGUGAUGCAGGCAAUUCUGCGCCGGGCACAAGGGAAUUUUCUUUGGGUCCGGUUGGUUGUAAAAGAAAUCCUCAGUUGCCAUACAGAGGAAGGGAUCGAGACGGCCUUGCAAAGCAUGCCCAAAGAUAUGAAUCAAUUGUACGAACGCAUGGAGUGGGUGGUUUUAUCAGCACCCCGUGCUGAAGACAAGGAGAUCGCUCAGAUGAUCCUUCGAUGGGUUGUUUGCUCCCGUUUUCCCAUGACUACCGAAGUUUUGAACCAGGCCUUGAACAAGAAAUUCAUCGAUCUGCGGAAAACGAUCUCCCAAGUCUGUGGACAGUUUGUCAUGGUCGACCCCUCUGGUCAAGUCAGGCUUAUACAUGAAACUGCUCGGGAAUACUUGACAAGAACUACGGCGAGUCCCAUUGCAAUACGACUACCAAAAAGCCAUUACUCGCUCUUCGAGCAAACAUUAUCGGCAUUGCUUGCCCCUGACAUCCGCCAGAAGGUCAUCAGAGCGCAAGAGUCCAUUUCAGUAUCGGAGCCCUUUCUGUUGUAUGCAGCCACGUCGUGGAUGUAUCAUCUGCAGCAGUCAGCCGAAAUAAGCGACCAAACCAUCGACCAUCUAUCUCAAUUCUUUAGAACGACCUCUGUGCUCGUAUGGAUCCAUUUACUGUCAAUUACCGACCAGCUGGAUCGGUUGGUCAGGGCAGCCAAGAUUGUGACGGACUCCAUUAAAGCUUAUCGCAAGUCAAACAUGACAAAAAAUCCAUUGUUGCACAAAUUAUCGAAUCUGGAGCUUCUUGAAAGAUGGUCUGCAGAUCUCUUGAAGAUUGUGGGGAAGUUCAGCCGGCAGUUGAAGAUAUACCCUGCAGCCAUAUAUAGCCAGAUUCCGCCUCUAUGCCCUUCCAGCUCUGUCAUUUACGAACAAUUCUACCAACAAGACUUCGCAAAUAUUAAAAUCAUGGGAAUCUCGCAAACGGAUUGGAAUGACAAUCUUGCUCGGAUUCCACUACCCCGUGGGGAGGAAGGCAUCAAACUAUGUUGUUUCGGACGGUAUGUUGCUGUGCUGACCAGCUCUGGCAGGGUAACAAUCUGGGACGCGAACCACUUCAAGCAAGUCUGUUCUCUUGUACACCAAGAGGCUGUCACUUCGAUGUCUUUCAACCGGUACGGCACAGAAAUGCUCACCUUCGGCCUAGUAACAUCCAGGCUGUGGUCUGUUCCCUCAGGGGAGCUGUUGGCCACUGUAGUUAAUCCUGCUAAUACCAGAGCAUUGUCUGUCACAUUCAGAGAGACCGAUAGGAGUGUCCUUGUUGCCUGCACAAAUCGAGUUAUAUAUUCUCUGGACCUUGAAGACCUCGCUGCUGGUUGGCGUAUGCUUAGUCGAAGCUUACUCCACGAGCGAUCAGAGGUGGGUGGAGCUAUCGUCAACUCACCGAGGUGUGUAUCAUUCAACGGAGAUGCGAGUCAGGUUGGAGUUUCGUACCGGGGUUUUCCACUAUCGGUGUGGGAUCUCAAUGAGAUGCGGUGUAUCGCCAGGUGUAGGAGACCGACGCGCACACCGAGUAAGCCAGAAUCAGCCGAGGUUACUUGGUUCCCAGUCGAUAGAUUUACCUGGAACCCCGUUACCGGUCACAUCAUUGGCUUGUACAAAGAUGGUACGGUAUUCAAAUGGCACCCUGCAACGAACGAGUAUCAGGAAGCUUCUUCGUCUGCCGAUGAGGUGGCUGCCAGUCCCGACGGCAGUUUAUUCGUAACAAGCAGCAGCAACGGAACCGUCAAAGUGUGGAGCUUUGAAUAUAUGUCGGUCAUAUAUCAGCUCUCGUCUGGUGAUCUGGUUAGGGAGCUGGCAUUUGCUCCGGAUAGUAGACGGUUCUAUGACAUCCGAGGCUCUUUAUUAAACGCGUGGCAAUCAAACACUCUACUACGAUUCCUUGAGGUAGAUGAGGCUUUCAGUGAUACAUCCAGCCAGGAUCAAAGAUCAACAUCUAUUUCGCAUAUAUCCGAAGCCCAUACCGUGUCUUAUGAAGCAGUGUCUGUGAUCAGAGUCAGCCCAGAGCACGGCUUGUACUGCGCUGGUAACGAGGAAGGAAUUGUGACACUGUUUGAUGAAAAGUCAGAGGAACUGGGGAAAAUUCUGGAAUUUCCCAAUUUUGUCAGCAUCAGUUGUCUUGCGUGGAGUAAUGAUUCAGGCUAUGUGGCCGGUGCAGACCUCGCAGGAGACAUUGAGAUUAGAAAACUCACUAAAGUCAAAACCACCGGCAACGGCCCGAGUCAGGUACAGUCUGUACCCCAAUCGAAGCCCGUUUUAAAGAAGGACGGCAGUGCAAUAUGUGACCUUCUUUUCAGUCACGACUCAACCCUUCUACUUAUUAUUUCAGGUCUGAGCGCGUAUAUUUGGUCAGUGGAAGAAGGAUGUGUGAUAAUCGAGAAACAAAUUGCGCAAACAAGCACUCAGAUAUGGGCAAACCAUCCUGCACAGCCUGGGACUUUGCUGAAGUUUGCGGACAAUGGUAUCACAGGCUUUAGGUGGUCGGACUUUUCCGAGAUUGCUACUGCGUUAUAUGACGGUUUAUCACUGCACAGCGAGGCAACUUGUCCAAAACUCAAAGGUGUGAGAUUUAACCAAAAUGGCAAGUUUGCAACCAUUCAUCAAACAGAUAUUACAUGCAUGGAAAGGUUGUUCAUAGUCGAUAUCUCAGCCUUACAACUCAAACCUGGAAGCACUUCAAGUAUUGCGAGGCUCUCAACAAUAGUCCCAGCAGAUGUUGCGAGACAGGUGGAAGUGGUACUUGGCAUCCUCCCCGGAUCAAGGUUCUUCUUUCUUGAUAAAAAUUUGUGGCUUUGUUCUGUUUUCCUUAAGAGUUCGGUUACGGAAGAUACCAUCGAGCGUCAUUACUUUUUGCCACGCGACUGGACAACGACAGAAUAUUUCCAACAGUGUUUGCUGUUGGAGAAUGGUACGCUUCUUUGCCCUAGGGAGGAUGAGGUGGCUGUGAUUAAAAGCGAACUGAGCCGCUCGUACUGA